AUGAGUUCGGACAACAGUAAUACUUCUCAUCAGUUGAUCGUCCCGGCCUGGGUCGGAGAAAAUCAAUUCAUAAUUGCUAGGGGAAAAAAUGGUCAUUUGGAACAGUGGCACACGUUCAAUCAUUUGAAAGCUGGAGAUAAAAUUUCGACUGGAAUUUCUACGCAACCUCAUUACUGGCGUUUGGAAAGGCUUGCAUACGACGAUACCUAUGGUUGGAGUUUUUAUGCGAUCAACAGCUCGGGCACUAAAUUAUACGUGACAUAUGAUGAUAAUGGAAAUAUACAUCUGCGUUCAUCAGUAAUGGAAUCAACAAAACGAUUAUUUGACGCACUCUUGAGAUCUGAUGGAGGAGUAUUUCUCCGAGAACCUAAAAAUACAGCUGGCCAAAGUCCGGCUAAAUUCUUGACAACGGACAGCACAGGACAUUUUCAUAUGGUUUCUGAUGAAAAUCCUGGCCGAGAAUAUGAAUGGUUUAUCUUGAAAACUCUUCACGCUAUAGGAUAUCAACAUCGAAUGCCUUAUUAUGUUGAAAUGUUCGUUCAUGAAGGAACUAAUAAAUGGAUAAGUCAAUAUGUACAUGCUCAUACUGAAAUUCAAGUAAACCAAAGCAGUAUCCAACAUGAAUGGCGAGUCACUACAGGAGACCGUUGGUCGUUUUUUAGUGGUGUUUACCAUGCUCACCAUGUUGUUGCUGGUGGUUUAGAUCUCAUACAUCUCGACAUCGUUGAUAUUGAAACAAGUCGAUUGUUUCCCGCAGAGGGAAUUUCUGAGCGAUACAUGUUUCAGUCGCCACAAAAAGAAGAAUUGUAUGUAGGUCAUGACAGUGGGACUGUAACACUGACUGCCAAAAGUCAUGCUACCUGGUGGGAACCAACAUUAAUGCGUAUGUCAUAUGUGGGAAAAUCCUUCCUCGUACAUUAUUACCCGCCGCUUGAUAAAACAGAUCUUCCAUCUCAUCCUCAACCCCGCACCGUUAUUAUUUAACUUCCAAUCAAUUCAUGUAAUAGAUACUACAAAUUGUCAACCCUAGACAAGCACGCUCACUCACAUUGUUACCCCCAUAAUUUUUUCAAAAUCUUAGCUGCAUACAAUUAUGUAUUUUAUAUUUAUUGGACAUAUAUCUGAGUUCUAGCGCGCCAUAGGCCACUGGUGGGAUUCAAGGGGUUCACGCUAAACCGUUGGCGCUCCUGAGUAUGCGUAUCAAAAUGGCGGACACUGGAACGUAGUAUGUGUACCAGGUUAGGGUUAGGCCAUAAUCUUAGGUGCAAAUACUACGGGAGUCACUUGGCUAGUCCAAGAAUUCGUAAUAGAACUAAAAAAAGGA